AGCGAGUGCGCGCUCCUCCUAGCCCGCCGCUAGGUCCAUCCCGGCCCAGCCACCAUGUCCAUUCACUUCAGCUCCCCGGUAUUCACCUCGCGCUCAGCCGCCUUUUCGGGCCGCGGCGCCCAGGUGCGCCUGAGCUCCGCGCGCCCCGGCGGCCUUGGCAGCAGCAGCCUCUACGGCUUGGGCGCCUCGCGGCCGCGGGUGGCCGUGCGCUCCGCCUAUGGGGGCCCGGUGGGCGCCGGCAUCCGCGAGGUCACCAUCAACCAGAGCCUGCUGGCCCCGCUGCGGCUGGACGCCGACCCCUCUCUACAGCGGGUGCGCCAGGAGGAGCGCGAGCAGAUCAAGACCCUCAACAACAAGUUUGCCUCCUUCAUCGACAAGGUGCGGUUUCUGGAGCAGCAGAACAAGCUGCUGGAGACCAAGUGGACGCUGCUGCAGGAGCAGAAGUCGGCCAAGAGCAGCCGCCUCCCAGACGUCUUUGAGGCCCAGAUCGCUGGCCUUCGGGGGCAGCUCGAGGCGCUGCAGGUGGAUGGGGGCCGCCUGGAGGCGGAGCUGCGGAGCAUGCAGGAUGUGGUGGAGGACUUCAAGAAUAAGUAUGAAGAUGAAAUUAACCGCCGCGCAGCUGCUGAGAAUGAGUUUGUGGUGCUGAAGAAGGAUGUGGAUGCUGCCUACAUGAGCAAGGUGGAGCUGGAGGCCAAGGUGGAUGCCCUGAAUGAUGAGAUCAACUUCCUCAGGACCCUCAAUGAGAUGGAGUUGACGGAGCUGCAGUCCCAGAUCUCCGACACAUCUGUGGUGCUGUCCAUGGACAACAGUCGCUCCCUGGACCUGGACAGCAUCAUUGCUGAGGUCAAGGCGCAGUAUGAGGAGAUGGCCAAAUGCAGCCGGGCUGAGGCUGAGGCCUGGUACCAGACCAAGUUUGAGACCCUCCAGGCCCAAGCUGGGAAGCAUGGGGACGACCUCCGGAAUACCCGGAACGAGAUUUCAGAGAUGAACCGGGCCAUCCAGAGGCUGCAGGCUGAGAUCGACAACAUCAAGAACCAGCGUGCCAAGUUGGAGGCCGCCAUUGCCGAGGCUGAGGAGCGUGGGGAGCUGGCACUCAAGGAUGCUCGUGCCAAGCAGGAGGAGCUGGAAGCCGCCCUGCAGCGGGCCAAGCAGGAUAUGGUGCGGCAGCUGCGUGAGUACCAGGAACUCAUGAGCGUGAAGCUGGCCCUGGACAUCGAGAUCGCCACCUAUCGCAAGCUGCUGGAGGGCGAGGAGAGCCGGUUGGCCGGAGAUGGAGUGGGAGCCGUGAAUAUCUCUGUGGUGAAUUCCACUGGUGGCAGUAGCAAUGGUGGUGGCAUUGGGCUGACCCUUGGGGGAACCAUGGGCAGUAAUGCCCUGAGCUUCUCCAGCAGUGCGGGUCCUGGGCCCCUGAAGGCUUACUCAAUCCGGACCACAUCCACCAGUCGCAGGAGUGCCCGCAACUGAGCUGCCUCCCACCACUCCGUUCCUCCAGCUACCGCCCACAGUCACAAGAAGAUUCCCGUCCCUGCCUCCCAUGCCUGGUCCCAAGACCAUGAGACAGUCUGGAAAGUGAUGUCAGAGUAGCUUCCAAUAAAGCACCCUCACUCUGAGGCCUGAGUGAUCCAUGUG